ACAAUGCUGGAUUUGUCUGGCACUUCUGGGGAGAACAGUGCCACAUUUGUUGGCUCGGUACCUCCAGCGAGAGACUGGCGCAUUCUGGGCAAGAAGAUCAGGCAAAUACCUGACAGCACCUCAUGCGUAGGUACAUCAACACAUUACACUCUGUCCGCAUAUAGCAACCAGGCCAUGCCACUCUCACUGCCCAUGCCCCGGGCCCCAUGUUCCAUACCUCCCGUCUCCAUCGCCAUGUUAGAAGGUAGGUAGCAAUUGGCAAUCGCCAACCUCAGCAAUCCAUUGGGACUGACUGACUGCCUUUAAGUCCUUGCCUACCUAGGCACAUUGCUACCUACCUACCCUGCAAAGCACAGCAAGUAGGCAGGUACUUUGUACAAUGGAUGGGAGAGCUGCUUCUGCUCCUGCUUCCCCUUCCCCUUUGUCCAUCGGGUAUGGUCGUCCGUUACAUGCCAUGCCCGAGGGGAAGUAGCUACCUUACUAGAGAUGCUCCGUACCUACCUCACCUCGACUUACCCGUCUCUCUGUCUUCCUCUUAAUAAGUGUCCCACCAUCCCCCUCAUCCUCUUCUUGACCUUUCGACCUCUCCUUCUACUUUACCCCUCCUCCCCCAUCUUCCCCUCUCUUCUUCCAACUCGCAAGGCUCCCAGUGCACCUUGUAGGACUCCUCCCAUCAUACAUUGGUAAGUAACCUCGCCUCUAUCAAGCUUCGUUGGCACCGUAGAGCUAUCGGUAUCUCCUACAUCGUCUCCGACGGCCCCUUUGCAGCCAACCUCACCUCGAGAACGCUAUCGAACCUUCGGUUCUCCAGCAAAGCUCGUCCGCCAGCUUUGCCAACCUUUCAGCUGAGACGCUCUUCGUUGGCGUUGAGCUGAGUACGAAUCCCGGCCGCGAGUGGUGUGGACUGAGCUUCAGGCACCGCCAAACACCCCGCUCUUCUCCCCACUAACAUCCUGGGCCUGUCCUGUACGUCCCGUUCGCUCCGCCCGUCAAAACAGUCUGGACCUCCUCCUGAUCCUCCGUCGCCUCCCCCUCGUUCCUCGCCCGUCACGUACGACCGAGUGGUGUUUCGAUUUCCGCAUCUUGUUCCUCGUAUUCUCCGAGGAGGGGUUCUCUAGCAUAGCUAACUGAACGUGUUUUGACAGUUCCCUAGACCAGUUCGAGGACUUGAUCGAGCCAAUUGGUUCCCCAGCUCAUCACCACUUUAUUCCAUCGUACAACAGCUACUCAAAAUGUCGGCAGCUACGGAAGAGCGUCUCCCUGUGCGGGAGCGUCGCCCCUCGACGAGCGCCCCCAUUGUUGAUAUCCAGGGCUCUGUCGGCCCGGCCGGCAUUUCGCGCCCCAAGCACAAGAGAACUUUCACCGGUUUCGGUGCUGGAGAGAUCAAGAGCGUUGAGGCUUCCAUCCCCGAGCCUCAGCGCGAGGCUUGGUCCAAAGCCCAAGGCGGCCCUUUCAAGACAAAGGAUGAGUUCGAGAAGGAGGUCGUUCGCCACGUCGAGACCACUUUGGCUCGCAGCAUGUUCAAUUGCGACGAGACGGCGGCCUACUCCGCCGCCAGUUUGGCCUUCCGUGACCGUCUGGUCAAACAGUGGAACAAGACUCAGCAGCGCCAGACCACUGUGGACGGAAAGCGUGUCUACUACUUCUCUCUCGAGUUCCUUAUGGGCCGUGCCCUCGACAAUGCCAUGUUGAACGUUGGUCUGAAGGACAUUGCCAAGGCUGGUCUUGAUGACCUUGGUUUCCGCAUCGAGGACGUGAUUGAGCAGGAGCAUGACGCUGCUCUUGGAAACGGUGGCCUGGGUCGUUUGGCUGCUUGCUUCCUCGACAGUCUUGCAUCUCUCAACUUCCCCGCCUGGGGCUAUGGCUUGAGAUACAGAUACGGUAUCUUCAAGCAGGAGAUUAUCGAUGGCUACCAAGUUGAGGUGCCCGACUACUGGCUUGACUUCAACCCCUGGGAGUUCCCCCGUCACGAUGUUACUGUCGAUAUCCAAUUCUUCGGCCACGUUACGAAGUCAACAGACUCAAACGGCAAGACUAUCGCCAGCUGGGAGGGUGGUGAGACGGUCACCGCCGUGGCAUACGACGUCCCCAUCCCGGGAUACGCUACCCCUUCGACCAACAACUUGCGUUUGUGGUCCAGCAAGGCUGCCAGCGGAGAGUUCGAUUUCCAAAAGUUCAACAAUGGUGAGUACGAGAGCUCAGUGGCCGACCAGCAGCGCGCCGAGACGAUUAGCGCGGUUCUGUAUCCCAACGACAACCUUGAACGUGGAAAGGAGCUUCGUCUGAAGCAGCAGUACUUCUGGUGUGCUGCCUCUCUUUACGACAUCGUCCGUCGCUUCAAGAAGUCCAAGCGCCCCUGGAGAGAGUUCCCCGACCAGGUCGCCAUUCAGCUGAACGACACUCACCCUACUUUGGCGAUUGUUGAGCUUCAGCGCAUCCUGAUUGAUCUGGAGAAGCUUGAGUGGGAUGAGGCAUGGAACAUUGUCACUGCCACCUUUGGCUACACCAACCACACAGUCUUGCCCGAGGCUCUGGAGAAGUGGCCCGUCGGUUUGGUCCAGCACUUGCUCCCUCGACACUUGCAGAUUAUCUACGACAUCAACCUGUUCUUCCUUCAGAGCGUCGAGAAGAUGUUCCCCAACGACCGCGAAAUCCUCAGCAGGGUCUCGAUCAUAGAAGAGUCGCAGCCCAAGAUGGUGCGCAUGGCGUACCUGGCAAUUGUCGGUUCUCACAAGGUCAACGGUGUAGCUGAGCUGCACUCUGAUCUCAUCAAGACCACCAUUUUCAAGGAUUUUGUCAACAUCUACGGCCCUGACAAGUUCACCAACGUCACCAACGGCAUUACCCCGAGACGUUGGUUGCACCAGGCCAACCCUCGCCUGUCUGAUCUCAUUGCGUCCAAGACUGGUGGCAACUACGACUUCCUGAAGGAUCUGACAAAGUUGAACCAGCUUGAGCUCAGCGUCAACGACAAGGAGUUCCGCAAGGAAUGGGCCGAGAUCAAGUACGCCAACAAGGUCCGCCUCGCUAAGUACAUCAAGACCACAACAGGCGUCAGCGUCAACCCUGCGGCGCUCUUUGACGUCCAAGUCAAGCGUAUCCACGAGUACAAGCGUCAGCAGCUCAACAUCUUUGGUGUCAUCCACCGCUACCUCACCCUCAAGGCCAUGUCGCCGGAGGACCGGAAGAAGGUUGCUCCCCGUGUUUCCAUCUUUGGAGGAAAGGCGGCACCUGGCUACUGGAUGGCCAAGCAAAUCAUUCACUUGGUCAACAGUGUUGGUUCAGUAGUCAACAAUGACGAGGAAAUCGGCGACCUGCUCAAGGUCAUCUACCUGGAGGACUACAAUGUCAGCAAGGCAGAGAUGAUCAUUCCCGCGUCUGACCUGAGCGAGCACAUCUCCACUGCCGGUACCGAGGCAUCUGGUACGAGUAACAUGAAGUUUGUUCUCAAUGGCGGCUUGAUUAUCGGCACGUGCGACGGCGCCAACAUUGAGAUCACCCGUGAGAUUGGCGAGAACAACAUUUUCCUCUUUGGCAACCUUGCCGAGGAUGUGGAAGAUCUCCGCCACGCGCACAACUACGGAACCCACUCGAUUGAUGAGAACCUUGCAAAGGUCUUCUCUGCCAUUGACAGUGGCAGAUUCGGCUCCGUGUCUGACUUCCACGCGCUAGUCUCGGCCGUCCGUGACCACGGAGACUACUACUUGGUAUCGGACGACUUCAACAGCUACAUUGAGACGCAUCACCUUGUCGAUGAGGCGUACAAGAACCAAGAGGAGUGGAUCACAAAGUCCAUUACCAGUGUAGCUCGUAUGGGCUUCUUCAGCAGUGAUCGCUGCAUCAACGAGUAUGCCGAGGAGAUCUGGAAUGUCGAGCCUCUCAAGGUCGAGGACUAGGUAGACUAGACUAUAGCGCUACAAAGACAAGACCCAGACGGCGUAAAGUGACCUAGACGGGGGAUGGCUGGUCAGGCGUGUACGGAACCGAGCACCUAUUGCACUAUUGCACUCGAAACUCUCGAAGAAGGCGGGGCCUAUAAGGAACGAACAGUGCUAUAUAAUAUCUUUCUUUUGUAUAGUUUAUGAGAAUGCCCCAAGACUGGUGUCCGCAACGAUUGAAACCAUGCACACAGUAAUGUAUCGACUGGGUGUGAAGUGACCGCGCGUGUUAUCUUACUAUUUCCAGAUGACUCAGCAAUUGGUUGUUGUUUUUUGGAACGGCCUCGAACGGCGACCAUUGUUGGAAACGGAGCAGGGUGACAAGGGCAAUUGCAACGUGAACGUUUCGACAAGGGAAGUGGAAACAAUGGGGCGCCAAUUGAGCUUCACUGACGUCAUUAUGCGGCAAUGUGGACGUCGCCCACAGUGACCAAGGGGAAAGAGGAAAAGGACGACAGGCCAGGAUCUCUCUUCUUCUCCAUACACGGUAUUCCUCCAAGGAGUAGAUUUUUCCUUGGGACGGAUCGAUUCCGGGUACUACUUCCAAGCUUCCGGCAAAAGGACGCGCGACUCCGCGUCCGCGAGAAAAGGGCGGUCAAGGAUCAUACC